GUCUCCAGGGAGGGCGAGGGCCUCCUCGACGCGCUCGCCUCCGUGGGGGCGCUGAUGUCUGGAGGUCCCCGCGCGAGCGCCGCCACCAGCCCUCCGAGGGUGCCCUCGCCGAGCCCGCCGCGCGCCUCCGCGGCGCCCCGCGCCGGCGGCCGCGCCAGCGCUCCGGCGCCGCGCCGCCUGGCCGCCUCCUUCACACCGUCGCGCAGCAGCCCGCGGCGGCGGAGAGCCCGCCCGCGAGCAGCCCGCCGCGCACCUCGCGGUCGCCGGGCGCGCCGCGGCCGGACGGCCAGGCGGUGCGCCUGCACGAGGCGGAGCGCCGCUGCCGCGCACAGGAGCAGGCGCUCGAGCGCAUCAGCAUCGACUUCCAGCACCUGCGCGUGCUGAUCGAGCGGCUGGUCAUGGUGGCGGACUCAGAGCCCGCGGGCUGCGACGCGGCCGCCCCCCCCGCCGCCGGCAGCUUCUCGGCCCUGCUCCAGCGGCUGCGCGGGCUCUGCGCCGAGGCGCACGCGCGGCGCGGCCCCGCGGCGCUGGAGGUCGGCGACGGGGCGCUGCCGGCGCGGGAGCUCUUCGGCACCUCGCCUGGCCGCGGCCGCCAGUAG